UUCUCGCAUCUGUUUUAUGUCGUCGCGUCACUUUGCUAAUGCAUGGCUUUGUCUUGCCGCCACUAGGAUUGUAAUGGUGUUCGCUACCGCAACCAUUACACCAAUAUUAAAUGAACGGGCGAACGGUCAGGCAGGUAAUCAGGAACGAGUUUUGGCACUCAGCAGUACGAACUUUUGCAGACGAGCCGGCUUACCGUCAAUCCAAAUCAACGAGCGCGACGGCGGGGAUCGACGUUCGAGGGUCGUACCAUGUGAUACGGUGAAGGUGAAGGGAUUUGAUUGGUCUAGCACCUCGAGAUUUCCGCAAGAUAUCAAUAACCGGCGAAAUUCAGUGAGCCGGCUAUUACUGUGGUAUAAAAUGAGUGGCACUGAUGAGGUGGGAGAUGACGCUACCGACGAUUAUUGGAAAUACGAUUCCCUUAGCGAUAUUUCUAGCGAUGAAUGGUCGCACAAUGCAAUCGUUUUGCCUCCAGAUUCUGACGGUUCUGAGCUGUUUAGCACAGACGUCGUAGGCAGCAACGUACACAGCAAGGGCGGAGACGCGAGGCCCAGUCUGCAAAGAGGAAACCGACAAGUCCCGGAUGAUGUGCUGUCUGAUGAUGAUUUUGAUAACGAUGACAUAGAGUUUGCGCCUACUCCUGAAGAAGAAGCAAAGUAUGCCCACAUUCCGAAUGGUCCAAUGAUAACAGACAAAAGUCAAUUCGAGAAGCGAAAAGUUUCUGACUAGAAAGAAAGAAAUGAACACAGGUAUGAUGAAGUUAAUUAUGUGUAUGCAAACUAAUUAUAUAUAGCCAUGCACAUUGUCAGAGAGUUUCAUGGGUAGUACACUGUACAAUGCUACAUGCUCGUUUUGAAAUCCCACUCUUAGAAGUGCCAGUGAAAUAGGGCAACGUCGUAACUUUAACUAA